UCCAGUAGCAGAGGCAUUAAGAACGGGGCAGCGGAGGGCUAUUUCCAUCUGCAGGGCUUCCAAAUAGAAGAGAAGGGGAGAGGGCGGGGCGCGGAGUGACCGUCCCACUAAAAGAAUAGGGGAGACUUUUUUUUACUUUUUGUUGUUGUUUAAGAAAAGUUAUGAGCUGCGGCAGUGGCUGGAAAGCAGAGGGAGGGAGACGCGGGGGGGCGGGGGGUUGUGUGCAAAAGCAUCAGCGGAGAGGUCGGGGGUCACCUCCCGCUCCCGCCACCAUGACAGCGCCGCAGAUUUCACAGACCUGCCCCCCUCUUUUCCUCUGCGCCCCCUUUCGCGCACGCAGACUGCUGAACGAGAGCGAGAAGCGGCCCUUCGUGGAGGAGGCGGAGCGGCUGCGCGUGCAGCACAAGAAGGACCACCCGGACUACAAGUACCAGCCCCGGCGCAGGAAGUCGGUGAAGAACGGCCAGGCGGAGGCCGAGGAGGCGGCCGAACAGACGCACAUCUCCCUCAACGCCAUCUAGGCGCUGCAGGCCGACUCGCCGCACUCUCUCGGCAUGAGCGAGGUGCACUCCCCCGGCGAGCAUGCAGGGCAAUCCCAGGGCCCACCGACGCCACCGACCACCCCCAAAACCGACGUGCAGCCGGGCAAGGCUGACCUGAAGCGAGAGGGGCGCCCCCUGCCUGAAGGGGGCCGACAGCCCCCCAUCGACUUCCGCGACGUGGACAUCGGCGAGCUGAGCAGCGACGUCAUCUCCAACAUCGAGACCUUCGACGUCAACGAGUUUGACCAGUACCUGCCCCCCAACGGCCACCCGGGGGUGCCGGCCACGCACGGCCAGGUCACCUACACCGGCAGCUACGGCAUCAGCAGCACCUCGGCGGCGGCGGCGGCCCCGGCGGGCGCGGGCCACGUGUGGAUGUCCAAGCAGCAGGCGCCGCCGCCCCCGCAGCAGCCCCCGCAGGCCCCGCAGGCCCCGCAGGCCCCGCAGCAGCAGCCGCCGCCGCCCGCGCCCCCGCAGCAGCCGCCCGCGCCCCCGCAGCCGCAGGGGCACACGCUGACCCCGCUGAGCGGCGAGGCGGGCCAGGCCCAGCGCACGCACAUCAAGACGGAGCAGCUGAGCCCCAGCCACUACAGCGAGCAGCAACAGCACUCGCCGGCGCAGCAGAUCGCCUACAGCCCCUUCAAUCUCCCGCACUACAGCCCCUCCUACCCGCCCAUCACCCGCUCGCAGUACGACUACACCGACCACCAGAACUCCGGCUCCUACUACAGCCACGCGGCCGGCCAGGGCUCCGGCCUCUACUCCACCUUCACCUACAUGAACCCGGCGCAGCGGCCCAUGUACACCCCCAUCGCCGACACCUCCGGGGUCCCUUCCAUCCCGCAGACCCACAGCCCCCAGCACUGGGAACAGCCCGUCUACACACAGCUCACCAGACCUUGAGGAGACCCGAGACAAAGGGUGAUGGAUGGAAGAUCGGCCUGAUGUUCAUAAAAACAACCGAAGAAAGAAAGAAAAAAACAAAACCAACCCACCAGAAUUUCUGUGCAUUGGACAUUAUUUUUUCUUCUUCUUCUCAUUCCAUAAAGACAUUUUAAGCUACAAGGCAACUCGGACCCAGAUUCCAAGACAGAAACGUUUGCUGUCCAAAACGCAUGCCCACCUUGUUGGAGGCAGGCAGUGGCCAGGCCACUCGGGGCUUCGAGGGGCCCCGCGGCAUCUCCACGCGAGGCGGGACUUGGAACCCUUCUUCACAGCGAGCUCGGAGGAUGGUGGAGACCCGUGGGACCGUGUUUGCUCAAUCCUUCCGCCUGUUUGGACUUUGUAAUUAUUUUUUAGCAGUAAUUAAAGAAGAAAGUCCUCUGUGAGGAAUAUUCUCUAUUUUAAAUAUUUUUAGUAUGUACUGUGUAUGAUUCAUUACCAUUUUGAGGGGAUUUAUACAUAUUUUUAGAUUAAAAAAAAUUAAAUGCUCUUAUUUUUCCAACAGCUAAACUACUUAGUUGAACAGCGUGCCCUAGCUUUUCUUGCAACCAGAGUAUUUUUGUACAGAUUUGCUUUCUCUUACAAAAAACGAAAAAAAAAAGUGUUGUAUUAACAUUUAAAAAAACACCCCCACAGGUUUGUGUUAUGAGAUGAGUUUGGGGGGAGUGGAGGUGUUAGCUUUGCUUAAUGCCUCAGGCUUUCUGAUUGGAGGAGGAGCUGCCUUAGACAAAUAAAGGCCUUAUUUUGCGAGUAUGGACCUACACAGGUUAGUCUAGAGAAGCAUAUGGUAAGUGUGGUCACAUAUAUAUUUUCUAAAUGAGAGAAAAAAAACACCUUGAGCCUUAAAAGCAUGCUGCUGACAAAUACCUGCGCGCUCUUUUAGUGCAUUUAUUUCCUCCUGCGUUUGCCUUUUCAAGGAAAUCUUAAGCAAGAAGCAAAAGGCAAGGAGAGGAAAUGUGAUGUGGGGGAUGUUUCAGCAGCCAGCCAGUGCCUCCCCCCACCUCCCCCCAGCACCCUGCCCCCCUGGUUGCCUGGCCUGCCCGGCCCCAUGUGGGACACAGAUGCCAGCGUCCUCCCACAGUCACCUGUGCCUCUCUGAACACCAGCAGUUAACCUUCAAGACAUUCCACGUGCUCAGAUUAUUUAUUUUGUAAGGAGAGGUUUUAAUUAAAAAAAAAAACGCUUCCUUUUUUUUUAUUUUUAAAAUUUACCUUUAAAAUAGGUUGUUGGAGCCCUCCUCAAAGGGUAUGGUCAUCUUGUUAAAUUAUGUUCUUAACUGUAACCAGUUUUUUUUUAUUUAUCUCUUUAAUCCUUUUUUUGUAUUAUUAAAAGCAAGUUUCUUUGGAUUCCUUGUCCUAGA